CCCGGCCGUGACAUCGCCGGAAUCCCGGCCCUCACUGACCCCCGCCGCUAUGUCUACGUUAGUGGCGGCGGCGGCGGCUCCCGCGCCGGGCGCCACGGCCACGGUGCGGGUAUCCAACAUCCCGCCCUCGGCCAUCGCCGCCGAGCUCCUUGCCUUCUUCGACUCCGCUGUCGCCACCGGCGCGGCAUUCGCAUGCGAGAUCGCCGCCGCCCACCGCGGCUGGCUCAGCCGCGGCCACGGCUCCGUCCAAUUCGAAUCCGCCGCCGCAGCCACCCGUGCAAUCGACCUCGCGUCCUCCGGCGGCCUUCCUCCCUUCCUCGGCUCCCACCUCUCUGUCUCCCCCGCCCACGUCGACCUCCUGCCCCGCGCGCCCGAUUUCGCCCUCCGCGCCCUCGGCUCGAGCCUCGUUAUAGGCAACCGCGUAGCCGAGCGCGAGCUGGAGGUGGCCUACACCUGGGACGGCGUGCGCGCCGAGGUCAUCCCAGGGAAGCGGCGCGUGGACCUGUACCUGAAACAUGAUUCCCGGAGCUACAAGCUUGAGGUUCUCUUCGAGGACAUCAGGGAGUGCUUCGGGUGCAGCUUUGAUGGGGCGGGCGCUAUCUUGCUGCUGCUGACUUAUGCACCAAGAAUCCACACCACAAUUUCUGGGUCUACAAUUAAAUCAAGGUUCACAGAUGAGCGUUUUCAUGCAUGCAAGGAGGAUGCCAAGUUUGCAUGGGUCAGAGCACUAGAUUUUACACCUAAUAGCUCUUUUGGGGAGUGUUCCACACUUGUGUUGAAACUGAGCAAAGCUGCACCAGUGUCUGAUAUUCUUGAAAGUUUACCCUUCUCAGGAGAAUUAGGGGAACUGACCAUUUCUUCGAUGGAUAUGUUUGGUUCCUCCUCCAAAGUAGUUCCUCUUGUUGAUUGCCCAAGUGGCUUUUCAGUACCUUACGAAGUUCUUUUUCGUCUGAACUCUCUUGUUCACAUGGGGAAGUUAGUGGCCAGGCAUGUAAAUGCUGAUCUGUUUAAGGUCCUCGAAGAUCUACCAAUUGAUACUUUGAGGAGGAUAUUUGAGAAAAUGAGCAAAUUAAACUCUACCUGCUUUGAACCUUUGGAAUUCAUCAGACAUGAGGCUCAUAGCAUGAAGAUUAGUAAGAAAACCUUGCUGUCCAAGAAGGGUGAAGGUGAAGGAAAAUUGAUGAGAUGUUACAGAAUUCACAUCACACCAUCAAAAAUAUACUGUUUGGGGCCUGAGGAAGAAGUUUCAAAUUAUGUGGUUAAGUACCAUUCUGAGUAUGCUUCUGACUUUGCUAGAGUUACGUUCGUUGAUGAAGAUUGGAGUAAGCUUUCUCCCAAUGCAUUGUCAGCUAGAAUUGAACAAGGUUUCUUUUCUACACCCUUGAAAACUGGCUUGUACCAUCGAAUUCUCUCCAUUCUAAAAGAAGGAUUUCGCAUUGGCCCAAAGAAGUAUGAAUUUUUGGCCUUCUCAGCAAGUCAACUUCGUGGUAAUUCUGUUUGGAUGUUUGCUUCAAAUAAUUCUUUGAGCGCUGAGAGUAUAAGAAGGUGGAUGGGCCACUUCAAAGAUAUCCGUUCAGUCUCCAAAUGUGCAGCUCGAAUGGGUCAGCUGUUCAGCUCCUCCAGGCAGACAUUUGAAGUCUCAUCGUACGAUGUAGAAGUAAUUCCAGAUAUUGAAAUCACAACUGAUGGCACUAAGCACAUAUUUUCAGAUGGUAUUGGGAAGAUUUCUUCGAGAUUUGCCAGACAAAUUGCCAAAACAAUUGGAUUAGACCCUAAUAACCCUCCUUCUGCUUUUCAAAUACGGUAUGGUGGCUAUAAAGGAGUCAUUGCUGUUGACCCUACUUCCUUUUUCAAUCUUUCUCUGCGACCUAGUAUGAAGAAGUUUGAAUCAAAAAGCACUAUGCUGAACAUUACAAAUUGGAGCAAGUCUCAGCCAUGCUACGUGAAUCGUGAAAUUAUCUCUCUUCUUUCAACAUUGGGUAUAAAGGAUGAAGCAUUUUUGACAAUGCAACAAGAUGACAUGCACGAAUCAGAUGAAAUGCUAACAAACAAAGAAGUGGCUUUGUCUGUCCUAGGGAAAAUUAGUGGUGCAGAUACCAAGACAGCAGCUGAGAUGCUGCUGCAAGGCUAUGAACCAAGUUUGGAGCCCUACCUUUCAAUGAUUCUCAAAGCUCAUCGGGCUAAUAGGCUGACCGAUAUAAGAACCAGGUGUAAGAUUCAUGUCCAGAAAGGCCGUGUUCUUAUUGGUUGUUUGGAUGAAACAGGCAAAUUAGACUAUGGCCAAGUUUACAUCAGAAUUACAAAGAAUCGCAAGGAGCAAAAGUACAGUGAGCAGCCAUUCUUUUGUAACGAUGAUGGCAAGACAGCAGUAAUUGUUGGAAAAGUUGCAAUCUCUAAAAACCCAUGUCUCCAUCCUGGUGAUGUCAGAGUACUUGAAGCUAUAUAUGACCCUGGAUUGGAUGCUAGGGGCCUUAUUGAUUGUGUUGUAUUUCCUCAGAGAGGGGAAAGGCCUCAUCCAAAUGAAUGCUCGGGUGGUGAUUUGGAUGGCGAUCUCUUCUUUAUUACUUGGGAUGACAAACUGAUUCCAGAGAAGGUAGAUGCACCUAUGGACUAUACUGCAACAAGGCCACGCAUAAUGGACCAUGUUGUUACACUUGAGGAAAUCCAGAAGCACUUCGUCAGUUACAUGAUAAAUGAUGCCCUGGGUGUUAUCUCCACUGCCCACUUGAUCCACGCAGACCGUGAUCCGCUGAAAGCUCGCAGCCCCGAGUGCCUCCAGCUGGCCGCUCUGCACUCCAUGGCGGUCGACUUUGCCAAGUCGGGUGCUCCAGCCGAGAUGCCCCGGGCGCUGAGGCCCCGGGAGUUCCCUGACUUCUUGGAACGCUGGGAGAAGCCAAUGUACAUCUCCAACGGCGUCCUCGGCAAGCUCUACCGUGCAGCCCUGCGCCACGCGGAGAACGCGGAGGCCCUUUUGCCUGAGGCCCCGCCCAGCUGCGCGUACGACCCGGACCUCGAGUGCCCCGGGUUCCACGACUUCCUGGACGCCGCGGAGGAGCACUACGAGGCGUACGCCGAGAGGCUGGGCACCCUGAUGACCUACUACUCGGCGGAGCGCGAGGACGAGAUCCUGACGGGCAACAUCCGGAUCAAGCUCGUGUACCUGCGGCGCGACAACAAGCGCUACUUCGAGAUGAAGGACCGGAUCAUCGCCGCCGUCGACGCGCUGCACGCGGAGGUGAGGGGGUGGCUCAGGGCGCACAGGGACGAGGAGGCGUCGAAGCUGGCGUCGGCGUGGUACCACGUGACGUACCACCCGGGCCGCCGCGGCGAGAAGCGGUUCUGGAGCUUCCCCUGGAUCGCUUGCGACACCCUGCUGGCGAUCAAGGCGGCCAGGAGGUGCCGCAAGCGGGUGGAAGACGCCGCCGCCGUGCCGAUGGACUGCGACGCCUAGAGGGAAGGGCCGCUGCGCGCUGCGCCGGUGAAGUGAAAUUGCGAUGUGAGUGGUUAACUGGACUCUGACCGUAAGCUAAUAAGAUGGACUGCCUUGUGUUGUAAAAAAAAUGUCGAGUGCAAGAUUGUAAAAAUGCUCUGGGGAAUCCAUGAUGUGUCAUCCUAUUAGGUUUCACUUUAAUAUUUACCUGUGGGUGAAUAUAAAAAUGCUCCUACCGUCUUGUUA